AUGGCCGAUGUGAAAAAUCGCACAGACAAAAAUUCAAAGUCUCCAUGCACUGCAAUGUCUGUGAAAGAACCGUUGCGGAAGCCAUAUCCAGAUUCAAAGUUUACAACUUUUAUAAGGGUGGAGAAGUUCUCAACAGACAUGACGAGAAACAAAGUUACUGUAACGGGCCGAAUCAAUCCCGAAAAGAUUUUGAAAAAACUUGGGAAGAAUACCGGGAAGAGAGUAGAGACGAUUGUGAUAGAUGAUAAGACUGCAGCUUCAAGCGGGGACGAUUUGGAUUCAGGGGAUAGCACAAUAGAGGCUUCACUGGUGUUUGAUGAUUGGGGACAGAGUAUAGUUUUCACCAUGUUCAGCGACGAGAAUCCCAAUGCCUGUUCGAUAAUGUAA